UUGCCUCCAGGGCUACAAAUCCCACCUCCGCCCUGUGUGCAUGGAGUUUGCAUGUUCUCCAUGUGCUUUGGUGGUUUCCUCCAGAUACUCAGGUUUCCUCCCCCAGUCCAAAGACACGUGUUGUAGGCUGAUUGGCACCUCUAAGCGGUCUGUAGUGUGUGAAUGUGUGUGCAGUUGUGUCCCCCUCCAGGGUGUCACCCACAUUAUGCCUCAAGUUUCCUGAUAGUCUCCAGGCUCCCAAGCGACCAUGUGUUGGAAAACUGGUAUGGAAAGUGGAUGGAUGGAUGAAUAUUUACAGCUUAGUUUCUGUGUCACCCACAUUCUGACAGAUAACUGGAAAAUCUCUCUCUCUCUCUCUCUCUCUCUCUCUCUCUCUCUCUCUCUUAAACACACACACACACACACACACACACACACACACGCACACACACGAGACUCAUGGGGAUGCCACCAAGACAUGAAUAAAUAAGAUGGAUGGUGUAUGUACAAGAUGGAUGGUGUUUUGUAAAAAGUGCAUGUGUCUAAAUCAGUCAAGCGUGAGUAGGAAAGAGAGGCAAGAACCAUCAAAAAUAGGAUAGAGAGCUCAAAAGUCGCCGGAUGUCGUCAUCAAAUAAUUAGCAUUUUUUUGUUCCAUCAUCAUGAUAUUUUGCUUAGCGAAACAUGUUCCAUGAAGAAGGAAGACAAGUGCCAGACAGUCACUAAUGUCUACAAAAGGGUGUUUUUGAAAUAAAGUGGCUUAUAUUAUAUAUCGAUAUAUUAUAUCGAGUUUAUAUAGUUAUAUAGUUGCAACACUGACCCUAUUUGAGUAAAAGUGAAAGGAGACUAGGAGACUUGGCUAGUAAAAUGACUCUUUCAAAAUAAACCUAGGUGUAACUAAGCGAAGAUUAACUAGUUAAUAGAUAGUAGAACUCUAAAUCAGAUUUGUAACUACUGCUAUUUGAUGGCCUAGCAUUGAGUUGGUCUUAGACAUCGCUCUCAUACUGUAAUCCAUAUAUAAUUCACACACAAACACAAAGAGAUGGAGGUUGUGUGUGUGUUUUAUGCUCAUUUAUUAUUUCAGCUCCACUCUUAUUAGGAUUAGACAGCAUCUAGGGGUGAAGAAGGAGCACUGCUGCCAUACUGUGCUUAACAGAAGACAUCGUCUGACCUAUUUACCGCUUUCUCCACUGAAAGUAGAUGCAUGGGGGUUACACAAUAUGGCCAAGGAGAGGUCAUGCAGGGAAUUAAUGCUGCAAAAAUUCCAAGUCCUGGCUUAGAUGUUUCAGUGAGGUUUUGAUCAGCUCAGAUCAACAUCUGCAGAAGCAGUAGAACAGGUAACGUGCUUGGACGGUGUACAUCUGGGCGAAGAGCUCCAUCUGUUGAAACCUCUAGUGACAUAAUACAAACAUCCUACAAGUGUGGCCAAAAGCGUUUGCUCUGUCAUGGGUAGAAGGAUGUGGCUAGAUGGAUAGCGCCUUCCUCCGUGUCAUGCUGCCAAGAAUUCUGCCUUGAAAUGUGUUCAGAGAUUUCUGCCUGGAAUUUACCACUCUGUGGCCUGCGUAUCAUAAUUGAAACAUCUGCUCUGCCUCCUUUCUACCUAAUAGGCAAUUCUCAAGGCAUACAUAGGGUUAACAGAUGGGACAGGGUUGUUCGGGUGAAACGUGAGAGCUUGUCAGUGUUUUGCAAUUGUGAUACACCUUGCAGGCAUACAAGGAUGUCGACUGCUGCGGAGCAGCCAAACCAUUGCCCUGACUGUGGAGAGCUAUGCGGUUUUGGGGAUGUCCCGAGGAACCACGCAUGCCAAAUGAUCUGUCUGACUCCAAGACGGAAGUCCGAAGGGGCCCUGAUGGCUCUUCCUGCACAGAUCCAGAGUUCUUCCUCCCUGAGGAACACUGAGCUCAGCCAGCCCUUACAUCUGGAGCUCCUGGAUGCACUGAGCCUGGCUCCAUCAGCCACCUCUCCUCUUGCUCAGCUGCUUGUCCACCAGUGCACUCCCUCUCUCCUGUCCUCCUCUGCCUCUCCCUCACACUCUCCGUUCUCCAGGCCUGAGCGAGCACUAGCCCAGAUGAGCACACCAUGGCUGGCCAGGUUAGCCAUGGAGGCUGGGUUCCAGCAGCUUAGCCUGGGGGUUCAGGACCAUGUGUCCAUGCGGCUGGGGUCCUUGCAGGACGAGGUGAAGAUGAGGAGUGCGGAGAUGCACAGGGCUCGGAGGGAAAGUGAGAGAAUGGAGAAGGAAAAGCAGGACACCGAGGAGAAGGUAGCCGAGCUGGAGCACCAGGUGGAGGUUUCUGUGGAGAUGCUAGCUAGCCUGAGGCAGGAGCUGAUGGAGCGGGAAGAGGAGCUCAACCUCAAACAACAAGAGGUUUGUGAUUUGGACAGGUUUGUCCAAGAGACCGCUCUGAAGGAAGCGAACGCUAAGAUUCGCCUGCAGAGCUUCAUCGAGAAUCUGUUGGAGAGAGCAGAGAGAGCAGAGCGACAGCUGCAGGAGCUGCAGGAGCUGCACACACCAUCACACACACACACAUACACCGACACAUCCUUCACGUCACCCGACGGAUCAUACAGAGCUGCCCGAGGAGCGUUUCACCGGAGGAGCUACAGUGAAUCAGGGAUUUCCAGGUACUGCUAUUCACGCUGUGAUCACACAGGAAGUUCGGUUCACAGGUCGGGGGUGUGUGAGGUGCUUUGUGAGGCACAGUGUUACCAGAGGAACCCUUCAGACAUGGAGGCUGAUUCAGACAGCUGGUCUGUCUAUAGCACAGAGUCACAGCAGCACUACGGAACAUACAACAGGAUAGAUAACUCUGCCUUCCACUGCCACACCCUCUGUCAUGGCAACGGGCCUGACCGAUCAGUAAUGUGUUCAAAGCGAAUGAAGAGGAGGGCGUGGCUUUUCUGCGUCUUUCCCUACCUGGACACACACUCGCUCCUCAUUGCUGCAGAGGUGUGUAAGGACUGGUGGAUUGUUGCCCGUCACCCUGCAGUGUGGACCAGAGUAACACUAGAAAAUGAUCGUAUUUCAUCAAAGUUUAUGGUGACUAUGGCUCAGUGGUGUACUCAGACACACACGCUCAUUCUACGUCACCUAAAACCUCGCUCUCGUGCCAAGAAAGAGAGUAAAGACGAAUAUCUGAAAAGCACAAGAGGGUGUCUGGAGGAGGGGCUGGAGGCGGUGCUUAGAUCAGCAGGGCGGAGUCUUGUUUCUUUGACCAUCUCACAUUGCCCCAAUAUUUUGACGGACAGGACACUGUGGCUUGUAAGCUGCCACUGCAGAGCUCUGCAAAUACUUACUUACAGGAGCUCAUCAGAUCCCGUGGGUCAAGAGGUGAUCUGGGCUUUAGGGGCAGGAUGCAGAGACAUCGCCAGCCUGAACAUCGCACCACUACAGCCAUGCCAGCAGCCCAGUCGCUUUAGUAACCGCUGCCUGCAGACGAUUGGCCGAUGUUGGCCUCACCUGCAUCAGGUGGGAGUGGGUGGAGCUGGCUGUGGUCUUCAGGGAUUAGCCUCUUUGGUGAGGAACUGCUCGAGUGUGUGUGUGUUGGAGUUGGACCACAUGAGUGAGAUGAGCCAGCAGGGGGCAGCAGAGCUGUGCAGGGAAGGACUACAGCAAUUACACACACUCAUCUUCAGAUACACACCUGUUACUGCCAAAGCCAUCCUGCACUUUCAUAGUGUGUGUUUGAGGCUGAAGUGUAUCAUUGUUCUCAUGAGUUCUACAGAUUACUUUGAUGACCCUGAGAGUGAAGAAGCGAAGAGAAUUUUUAAUGAGAUGCUCAGCAGCCUGAAGGCUCUGAAGAAGAGACCUGGCUUGUCAGACAUCCUUCAGGUCAGAGUGGACCAGUGUGACAUUCUACCUGGCUCUUAAAGAAUACAAACACACACGCACACACACACACACACACACACACACACACACACACACACACACACACACACACACAAACUUUCUGCACAUCUUUAGACUUUAUUCUCCAUGCAUAGAUACACACCUACACCUGUACACACACACACACACACACACACACACACACACUCAAUAUUACUGCACUUUCCUCCCUGCACGUUACACUCCUACACCUAUGCACACAUACGGUACGCGCACACACUAACACACACACACACACACACACACACACACACACACACACACACACACUGCACAUUUUUAGCCCUUAUUCUUCCCACACUGAUACACUGCUUCACCUCUGCACAUAUACAAACACACAAACACAAACCAACAUCUAUGCACCCACACAUAAACACAAAACAUAAACACACACACACACACUUGCUGCACUUUAUUUUCCACACUUAUAUACACACCUACACCUAUGCGCGCACACACAUACACACACUUACUGCACUUUCCCCCCACACUCAGUUACACUCCUAGUGGUUCUAGAUCUGUUUUAUUUGCUGUAAGGUGUUAUGUUCUGAAUCAAUUUGACAAUCAGCCUCCUUGGUAUGAAACAUUUUGAGUGCUUCCAAACGAUUACUGAUUCUUUAAAGAAUAGCAAAUAAAAAUCGAGCAAAGUUCAUCCUUUUCCUGAACAUAAUUUUAUUUUUAAUGUCUUCUGACGAGCACAAUUCAUCGAAAAAGAAACUGGAAAAGAAUAUGUUGCGUGAUCCGUAUUCAGAUGUUAUAACGAUCUACGGUGUACCUGUUAUACAUGAGUGUGAAACGUUUGUAUCUGAAGUGCUUUAUGUAAAGAAUAAAACACUCAGUGGCAUACUGCUAUAGGAAAAUAAUCAACGACACGACGGUGCGAUGAAGCUCAGAUAUCAUUACCACCUCAAAGUUGAUUUGUUAUUUUAUAAUAAUAAACAGUACAUCCUGAAGUGUUUUAUUCCUCUCAUACCACAGCAGUUUUCCAACAAUUGCAAGUUUUCUAUUAAUUGCAGAACAACACGUCAUCAUUUUUAUCCAUUUAUAGUCACGUUUAAUGUUGUGGAGCGUCUACAGGUGAACUUAGCUCCUGUUCUCCCUUAUAUUAUAGCAACUAUUAAACGUAAAGUUACAGGAUGUUAUACAAAAACUGACACUGGAGACUCCUUCCAUAAAUGCUAAAUAAACACAUACUCACAAACAUAUCAAAUAUUCACCAUAGCAAUGAUCAGACAUGUUUUUAAAUCAGUUUUAUGAAGCUUCCCCCAUACAGUCCCUUUGUUAGUUGUUACUAUAGAAACAAUAAUGUAAAAGAACGAGUGCAACUCCUAACCAAUCAGAUUUGAGAAUUCAAUGGUGUUGUGCUAUACAGCAUUACAGUGCACAACAAUGUAAGACACAGUUGUUGUCCAGGUUGCAUUCAGAUUGUAUACGAUGCCAAAUAACGUACGAUUUCUCAUGUUUUCUGAAUAUUGUCGUGAGACAAAGAAAUAAACGUCAACCGUUUUCUGAA